GACUGAGGUCACGUGGCUCGCAGAAGCCGGUGUCAGCAGUCUGACAGCAGCAAACUAUGGAUUUAAAGUUUUAGCGUCAUGUUUGUCCCUCUGCCUGCUCUUGGAUUUGAUCACAGGAGGUAGUCGGAGCUGGCCGCUGCUGCUGUCCGUUGGAGGAAGAGGAAGAGGAAGGAGCUGAUGAAGAUGAGGAGGAUGAUGACAUGCAGUUAGCUGCCUGCCUGCCUGCCUGGCUGACGGACGGGUCGGAGCCUCCCGGCUGACCGCGCGCUGCCCAGCCCACCGGAGGAGCGCAGGAUCCGGGCUGAGAGGCUCCAGCAUGCCGCGGAGGAAGCAGUCCCACCCGCAGCCGCUGAAAGCCGAGUCGGUGGAUGGGGCGGCGCCGUGCGAGCCCAGCUGCCCGGUCCUGGAGAGCGACUUCCUGCUGAACGGAGAGCUGGAGUUCGGGUCGUCAGAGAUGGCGGGGCUGGACAGAGACGGAGGAGUGACGGUGUUCUCUCUGAGCGCGGAGGACGACGAGCCCUCGGCUCCUACGGCCGCCGCCUUCCCCGCCUUGCUGUCCUGUAAAGGCUGCGGCCUGCUGCUGGGGGACACUCCUCUGGGGGCCGGACUGGGCCUCGGUGUGGGCUUGGACCUGGGGGCGGAGCUCUACUGUCUCAGCUGCGAGGAGAAGCAGCAGAACUCUGCCUGCACCCCCUCCCCUCAGGAGGACCCCUCUCAUCCCUCCACCAGGAAGAAGAAACCCGUCAGUAAAGACGGCGUCCCCUCCAAGCUGUUCUCCUGCUCUCUGUGCACCUUCGCCUCGCGCUACUCCAACCACCUGAAGCGCCACAUGAGGAUCCACGACGGCCAGAAGCCGUACCGCUGCCCCGUCUGCUCCUACGCAUCCGCCCAGCUGGUCAACCUGCAGCGCCACCUGCGCACCCACACCGGGGAGAAACCCUACCGCUGCCCGCAGUGCAGCUACGCCUGCAGUUCCCUGGGCAACCUGCGGAGGCACCAGCGCAUGCACACGCAGGAGAAGGAGAAGAAAUGGGGGAGGAGGACGAAAGGUGGAAGUGAAGGAGAGCUCACCCUCAGGGUGUCCCAGGACUCCUCCUACCUGCGGACCCUGGGGGGCCUGGGCGCUCCCUCGGGGCCCCUCCCGGUGCUCCUCUUCCCCCUGUGCUGCCGGCUGUGUGGCCUCACCCUGGAGGAGGCUGACCUGGACGGGGAGAAAGAUGGAGGGGAGGCGGAGGGGGAGGGGGGACAGGUGUGCCGUCGCUGCAAAGACGGGCCCCCCAGGCGUGGGCGGAGGGGCUCCAAGCUCUACUGCUGCCCCCACUGCUCCUUCCUGUCCCACUACCCCAACCACCUGAGCCGCCACUCCCACACCCACUGUGAGGAGAAGCCCCACCGCUGCCCCCACUGCUCCUACACCUCCUCCCACCCUGACAACCUCAAGCGCCACAUGCGCGUGCACACCGGCGAGAAGCCCUACCAGUGCCCGUCGUGCAGCUACGCCUGCGGCAACCUGGCCAACCUGCGGCGCCACCAGCGCAUCCACUCGGGGGCCAAGCCCUUCCGCUGCGGCGUGUGCGGCUACCGCUGCAACCAGAGCAUGAACCUGAAGAGGCACGCUCUGAGGCACACGGGGGAGAAACCGUACGCCUGCGCCGAGUGUGGCUACACCACGGGCCACUGGGACAACUACAAACGCCACCAGAGGAAGCACGGACACCGCACGGACAGCUGGGACAAGCCGGCCCCCCAGAGCCCGGGGCCGCAGCGGGACGAGCCCUAGAAGGAGACAUCUGACCCUACAAUAUAACGGAGACAAUCAGGAUUCACAGUUUAAACCGUUAAACCGGCAUCUGAUUUAUCUUUAGAUCCUAGAGACGGCUCCAGGAAAACGCCUUAAGACGCUGCCGCUGUUCUGUCAGACCAGUAUACCCAUAGACAAUACUUAAUUCCUUUAUCUCGUUAGUUUAUGUCGUUAGUAUAUCUCGUUAAUUUAUCCCUUUAGUUUAUCCCUUUAGUUUAUCUCGUUAGUUUAUCC